GUAUAUUGAUGGGGUACAAUCUUUCUUAGAAUUUGCUUACCUUUAUGGAGAUCCCCAAGGCGAGGAAAUUCAAUGCCCAUGUGCAAAGUGUUGCAAUAUUCGUUGGACUCAAAGGAAUGUAAUAUAUGAUCAUCUAAUAUGCUAUGGAUUUGUUCAAGGUUAUACAAGAUGGAUUAAUCACGGGAUAUGUAAAAUCCCUAUGAAUGUUGAUGGUGACAUGAGUGAUGAAACUAACUCGUAUGAUGAUAUUAAUGGGUUAUUGAAUGAUCAAUUUAGAGAUAUUGCACAAGUCGAAGGACUUUAUGAAGGUCCAAGUGAAGAUGCCAAUAAAUUCUAUAACUUAGUUGAUGAGGCAAGCCAAGAACUAUAUCCUGGUUGUAAAGGAUUCUCUAGAUUAUCAUUCACAAUUCGUCUAUAUUUGUUGAAGUGUCUACAUGGAUGGAGCAAUGCGUCAUUCACUUCUCUUUUAGAGUUAUUGAAAGAGGCGAUGCCCGAGUUGAACAUUCCUUUAUCUUACAAUAAUGCCAAGUCUAUGGUUAAGGAUCUCGGUCUUGAUUAUGAAAAAAUCGGUGCAUGUCCCAAUGAUUGCAUGCUAUUUAGGAAUGAACAUAAGGCUGAUGAAUAUUGUCAUGUUUGUGGAGCUUCAAGAUAUAUUAAAUAUCCUGAAGCAUAUAGCGAGGUUGAGUGUUCUAAAAAAGCUCAUCGCGUUUCAGCAAAAACUUUGAGACACUUUCCAUUAAUUCCUAGACUCAAAAGGCUAUUCAUGUGCUCCAAGACAGCGGAUACAUUAAGGUGGCAUGACGAGGAGCGUUCUAAAGAUGGCAAGUUAAGGCAUCCUGCUGAUGCCCAAGCAUGGAAAGACUUUGAUAGCUUUCAUCCGAAUUUUGCAAGAGAUUCUCGCAAUUUGAGACUUGGCUUGGCAAGUGAUGGGUUCAAUCUAUUUCGAACCAUGAGCAUAUCUCAUAGCACAUGGCCAGUUAUCUUAAUGGUGUAUAAUUUGCCUCCUUGGAUGUGCAUGAAACCAGAAUAUUGUAUGCUUUCUUUGCUUAUACCUGAGCCGCGGUCACCUGGAAAUGACAUUGACAUUUAUUUACAACCAUUAAUAGAAGAGUUAAAUGUGUUGUGGGAGUCUGGGGUGGAAACAUAUGAUGCUUCAAGAAAUCAAACCUUUCAAAUGCGAGCAGCUCUUUUGUGGACAAUUAGUGGCUUCCCUGCAUAUGCUAUGUUAUCUGGUUGGAGUACAAAAGGGAAGUUGGCUUGCCCUUGUUGUAAUUAUGGCACUAAUUCUCGCUAUCUUAAACAUAGUCGAAAAAUGUGUUAUAUGGACCAUCGUGUUUUUCUACCAACGGAUCAUCCAUGGAGAUCCAACAAAAGGCCUUUCAAUGGAAAAACAGAAUUUAGGCUUCCUCCACCUUUUUUGAAGGGAGCUGAUGUGCUUAAUGACUUGCAAAAUAUUAAUAAUGUCUUUGGGAAAAAGAGGAAGAGAAAUGAUGGCCCAUGGAAGAAAAAGUCAAUUUUUUUGAAUUACCUUAUUGGCAGCACAAUUCAUUACGUCACAAUCUUGACAUAAUGCACAUAGAAAAAAAUAUAGUUGAUAACAUAAUUGAAACUCUUUUGGAUAUUCCUGGCAAGACAAAAGAUCAACCAAAUGCUCGUUUUGAUCUAAAAGAGAUGGGCAUUAGAAAGAACCUUCAACCAAAAGAUACAAAGGAUGGCAAGAGAACAAAGUAUGCAAAAGUGUGUUUCUCAAUGGCUAAUGGAGAGAAAUCAGUUUUUUGUGGACAACAAAGCUACCUGAUGGUAGUGCUUCCAAUAUAUCUAGGUGUGUGCAACUAGACGAAAGAAAAUUAUCUGGUUAUAAGACGCAUGAUGCCCAUUUCAUGUUACAUUACUUGUUGUCAAUACCAAUUAAAAGCAUCCUUCCUGAUCAUGUUGUUAUUCCUUUGGUUCGUCUAAGCUCUUUCUUCCGCCGUUUAUGUCAAAAAGUUAUCACACUGGAAGAUCUGGAUUGUUUGGAGAUAGAGAUUAGAGAAACAUUGAAUCAAUUGGAGCGAAUUUUUCCUCCAACUUUUUUUGAUAUAAUGAUUCAUUUGCCUAUUCAUUUGGCAAACGAAGUAAGAUUAGGAGGUCCCGUUCAGAAUCGAUGGAUGUAUCCUCCUGAAAGAUAUAUGUACACAUUAAAAUUAUAUGUUCGCAACAAAAAUCAUCCAGAAGGAUCUAUUGCUGAAGCAUACUUGGUUGAAGAGUGUUUGACUUUGUGCUCUAGAUACGUACAUGGGGGUGUGCAAACCAGAUUUAAUAGAAGACCCCGAAAUAAUGAUGAAUGUGGUUAUGAUACACAAACUUUCAGUUUGUUCCCUAAAAGAGGCUGCCCUUUAGGAGCCAAAAAGAGUGAUCCAAUUGUUUUAUAUGGCAAGUCACUAUGUCAGGCACAUGCAUAUGUAUUGAACAAUUGUGAUGAAGUUCAAGAAUAUAUAAGAGAACAUGACGUGGAGGUUAAUAAUCAGAGGCGAGGAUCUAGAUGGAGCAAGGCCAAAAAUCAUAGUCAAAACUUCUCUCAAUGGUUUGAAACUCGUGUAUUGCAUGAGGAUGUGUCCGAUCUGAUAAAACAGUUAUCCAUAGGACCAAAUUCAAUUGCCAAAAGAUAUUCUGGGUAUCUCAUUAAUGGAUAUAGAUUCCAUACGAGGCAGUGUGAUGCAAGGCGUAAAACGCAAAAUAGUGGUGUUACAUUAGAUGCCCUAACGACAAGCUUUGCAAGCUCAAAGGAUAAAAAUCCAGUUGAUGCGAAUUUGACUUAUUAUGGCAGAAUAAUUGAUAUAGUUGAGUUAGACUACUAUGGCCAUUUUAAGGUUGUGUUGUUUAAGUGCGACUUGUAUGAGGUUGAAGAGGAUAUUUAUGGCCUUACUUAUGUCUACUUCAAUAAGAAAUGCUAUCAGGAAGAGCCUUUUAUUCUAGCAUAUCAAGCACACCAAUGCUUCUAUGUGCAAGAUCCAUAUGAUCAAGAUAAACAUUAUGUUAUGAAGACUGUCCCGAGAGACUUGUUUAGCAUAAGUGACGAAAUUGAAUCUAAUGCCCUACACUGUUAUGAAAAUGAGCCGUCUGAACAUUUGGCAGGCCCAUCUAUGCCGGAUGAUAAUGGUGAAGUUGUCUUAGUAAGGAAUGAUUUACAAGCAACGAUUAUUGAUGUGCCUCCAGAAGGAUUUCUUGCAGAACAACUUGAAAUUGAAUCGGAAGACGAGUUUGAAAUAGAGGACGAGUUUGAAUCGGAGGACGACGAGUUUGGAACAGAGGACGAGUUUGAAUCGGAGGACGACGAGUUUGAUUCUGAGGAUACAUUAUGAGUUUGAUUAUAAUUCAAAUAAGAAUAUAGCUCAGCCCUUUCUUGAUUAACGACUAAAGGCACAUUAAAGAUUAGUAGAUACUUGCUUUAGACUCAAAUGGAUGAUAUUUGCUUGCCGAUGUUUCCUUGUCUAUUUUGUCAUGUUCUAAUAUUAAAUUUUAUUUUUGCUGAUGGUUUCUUCCUUAUAUAUAUAUAUUUUGUGCUCAUAUAAUUUUAGGGUGUCACUUUUGGUUUCUAAAGCAUUUGGUUACUAUUAAGUGUGCCUCAAUUUAGUUUCAUAGCACGAGGAACCAUAUUACAUCAUAUAUGAAAAGAGGUUUAAGUCCUCUAGUUUUGCACUAAAUAUCCCGGAAAGUGAACGUGAGUAAGUAGAAAUUGUAGUUAUGAAUUUGUCACUAAUCUUAUUAUUGGAGUAUUUAAAAAUGUGUUAAAGUAUACAUAUUUCUUCUAUUGU